AAGAGUGUGGGCUUUCAGAGAACGAAGCUAGUGAGAGCGUCACUCUCUUCAUCCCAUCAUGUAUGAGUUGUUUUCAGCAAGAACGUUUUCUUUUCUUUCAACCACGUACUUACUUAUCUACUUUUCAAUCGGACCGGGGAUCAGUUUUUAGUGUAGUGAUUCCCCUACAAACUCUGGGGACUUCUGCAUCGAGGAGUAAAUCGUUUCUCACCUCCACCUUGCAACUCAGGGAAGUAGUCGUAUAAAGUUACUGGUGGGGGUGGAUGCUCACUUCUCCGUAGGCGAGCUCACUUGUAUCCUAUAAUCCGAAAGGGGGGAUGACUGGUAGAAGAUGUGCGGCAAGGACC